AUCUUUCCUUGUGUUGGACGUAUGGAAAUAAAUUCUACUGCGAGUAUGUCUUAUCAAAUGAAUUCUUGGAAAUUCGAGUUCUAAAAAUAUGCGAAUUUCUCAUGCAGCUGUAACAUCCAGUUCUGAGUUGAUAACGGCUGGGCUCAGUGCAAAGAUCGCAGUCAAGCCGAGCGAUGUCAUUUCUGCGGGUCUGCGCAAUAAUCUGCGCGAUUCUCGCCGACUUUGCCGAACCGUUCGAGUGUGGCAUCCGGAAGGUUAGAACCACCGAGGUGAUUGUGAACGGGCACGAAAGUUCGCCGGGGAAAUGGCCCUGGCACGCGGCCAUCUACUACCGGGAGGAUCGUAGAACAAGCAAGUACGUCUGCGGAGGCACACUGAUCAGCCGGAACUUUGUCCUGACGGCAAAGCACUGCGUUGUGGGUUCGAAUGGGAACGUGCUUGCGAGGCGAAGUUUGCUGAUCUGGCUGGGAAUGCACAGCUUGGACGUCAUGAACCCGCGGAUCAUGCAGCAAAACGACGUGCGUAAGAUCCACUGCGUUGGGAACGAUGGCUCGGGGAAGAAGAACGACGUCGCGCUGCUGGAGUUGAUGACGGAGGUCCGCCUGACCAGCUACAUCCAACCGGCUUGCGUGAAUCAGGUCGUGGAUUUGGCCGAUAAGGUGGGAACCGUCGUCGGGUGGGGUGUCACUGAGCAUGACGAGCUUUCGCCUGUGCUGAAGGAGUCGCAAAUGCCGGUCAUUGAUACGAGAAUCUGCAUCGAAAGCAAUCGGGCUGUGUUUGGACAGGCUUUGGAUAGCAGCGUUUUCUGUGCAGGGUUCACCAACGGAACAACGGUCUGCAACGGCGACAGCGGAGGUGGAUUGUUCUUCCAGAGAAACGACGUUUGGUACGUGGGUGGGAUCGUUUCGUUUACGGAGCAACGGAAAGGAAGCCAGCUCUGUCAAACCACAGGCUAUGCUGGAUUCACCGAUUUGAGUGGGCUUCUAUCGUGGAUAAAGAAUGUUACGGAGUUGGGCUACCUGCUGGAGCAGGACGAGGAUCGAGUUGGUAGAGGUUCUGAAGAAGAUGAUGAUGAUCCAACAACUACGGCAAUUAAUCUACUGCCAAAGCAGUGCGGUAUUUAUACUGUGAACAGAAUAGUGGGAGGUCAAAAUGCGAACCUCUACGAGUUUCCCUGGAUGGCCAUUCUACUUUACAACGAUGACGUUUUUCGUGCCACGGGAUCGCUCAUUAGCAAGCGUUACGUUCUGACGAUUGCACUGUGCAAAUACCCCAAUAAACCUGUUCAGGUCAGGCUGGGGGACCACGUGCGAGACCAAUACAAGGAUUGCAGCCCCAACGACGCUACCUUUUGUACGCCUCCUGUCCGUGAUUACGACAUUGAAAAGUGUGAACAGCACAUAGCCUUCAAAAGUAGAAACACAACUGCAAUGUAUGACAUCGGGUUGCUACGAUUGAAUAGAGAUGUGGUCUUUGAAGACCACAUUCAACCGAUCUGCCUUCCGGUUACGGACGCCUUAAGGCAACUGAAGCUGUCGAGCUACAUCAUCGCCGGCUGGGGCAGCACAAGAGCUGAAAACGCGACCUUGGUUCUGAAAAAGGCAACCGUCCCGGUGGCCAACUGUUCCAUCUACCGAGACAAACUGGAAGUGCUCGGAUUCACCAACAACGACGCGUUUCUGUGCGCCGGCGGUAAGGGAACGGCCACCUGCUUGAGGGACACCGGAGGACCGCUGGGAAACCUAGUUCAGCACAACGGAAUGCGCUUCGUGCAGUUCGGGAUUGCGACAUUUUCGUCCAAAAACUGCGGCCUUCUUCCCUCCGGGUACAUCAGUGUGUCCCACCACAUGGACUGGAUUCUGGCGAUCGUGGAGCCUUGAUCCAGGUGAUUCGGAUUACCUUCAACGGAAUAAACCAAACAAACAAUGUCCUUGUUGCACUAAAUCCAUUACCGACAGAUUUGAAACUUAUUUCAAACUCCCAGUUGAAGAAGUAUAAGCCACAAAUGGAAACUGUUAGCAAAGCUUUCCCUGCUGUGAAAAUGCAAACAGACACAAUCCCUUCCAAAGAUGGUGGGGGCACACUCACACACAUGUGAACUUGUGCUCGCGCGCUUCCCCGAGCUUGAGCAACUUUUCUCAUCAAACUUUUUUGUUUCUUCGCCGCGUGCGCCUAGAAAAUGAAGAAAAACUAACGCCGCUUGUGAACCCCACUGAGUGAAGAAAAAACUCAACUCUCAAAACGAAACACACACACUCACACAGGAAUUGUACAAUGCAAGAUGGGUUUCUUUUUUUUUGCUCAAGCGACUUCUUUUCAGUCUUCUUCCUUGUGUUGCGUUUCUUGAACUUUUGCACAGAGGAAAAGCUUGUCUUCUAUUCUUUUAUUAAUGUAGUGUGGUGCCGUGAGACUCCCUUCCUCCCCCCUCCCCCCCACCUUACUAACAUUCCCUCCUUUUUUCAUCGACCUAACCAAGCAGUCUCUGUUUACCCAUUUUCUUUCGUUUUUCUUUAAAAUAAAAUUCGCAGUGCUUUGUUAACAUUAUGAUUUCCUUGUUCCUCUCUCCGCGUUUCCCUGCGGUUAACCCUCGACGGCCCACUUUUUUGCCCCCACCAACCAACCAACCAACGCCGCUGUGGGAAAUUAAAACUAGUUUCAGUUGUUUUCACAAUUUAUGGCAAGUUUCCUCCUUUUCCCUCUCUCCCUCCCAACCUUUCGGAGCAAGUUCCUCGCUGUUGGCGCGCGCAAGUUUUUACACAUUUUUUCUUUCUUUUCAUUUCCCAAGGCUUUGGGAUUUGUUUUUCCCGGUGCGGCUUAGGAUCUGCGCUGCGGGAUCUACGCCACAUGCUGCAGUUUUGUGCAGCGAUUUGAUUGAGGGAUUUGCAAGUUUUGCGGGAACUUUGAUUAGGGGGGAAUAGAAAACCCUCUCGAUUUUGUGUGAUUUUGUCGUGCUCUCAACGCGGGAGCAAAAUCCUCUCAUUUGUUCAUGUUGAACACAAAUUAAAUUCACGUUUUAAGAUAUAAUCAAUCAAAAUUAUCAAAAGACGAGCCUUUAAUGCGUGACUCAGCUUAAAAUCUUACCUAAUUUUAGUCACACUAACAAAACGAACUAGUUGAUCACCCCUCUUGCCAGCAGUCGCCAUCAAAAAACGAUGACACAAAGACAAAAUUUUGAUUAAUUUAUAUUUACUGCUAACACGCUCAUUUUCUCCGAGCUUUGUCCUUCCCUCCCUCGGGGGACCUAUUCGUCAACCCCUCCACUUCCCUCCCCUUCAACGUCGUCACGCUCAACUGACGCGGACGUGAGCAAAAUUCCGAUAAUUAAAAUUUAAUUAGGCAAGUCUCGUUUUGAAGACAGUCCAUCCAUUCGCUGCUCCCGGUUUUCCGUCGAGUGUCUAAUCACCCCCCAAAAAUUUGAGCCCAAGGCGGAAACCCCUCUCUCUCCCCCUUCGUCACGAUAUUCAAAUCAAAUUGGUAAUAAAUCAUGCCGUGAUUAUUGUUUUAUGUAACUAAUAAAUCACAACCAGUAAAAUUAAUAUUUUCGCUUGAUGGCAGGAUCUUUGGGAUUUGCGUGCCUUCUUCCUCGUC